AUGACGGAGAAUCACCAUGACCACAAGGACUCAAAUGAGGCCAAGAAAGAGGGAGUCUUCAGCUCUCUUAGAGAGAAGUUGGAAGAGGAUGCUGCGUAUUUUGUGAAAGCAGUUCAGAACGGUGAGAUUGACUGGUUUCUGCGUGGUUCGAAUGUGAAUCCCAAUAUCUCUCUGCCAUCCGCAACUCCGUUAAGAUCUCCCACCAUAGCCAAAUCACCCAACUCCAAAUCAGGCGCCACUGUCGAAACUUCGCCAGACACGGUGUCUUCGCCAAAUACAAGCCAAAUCAGCGAAGCUCCCCUGACUUCUCUUCCUCAGAGCAGCCAGUUCAAGAAAGGUUACGACGCGGAUGAUGAGAUUCCCACCAACAGAUUAACCCGAUCAAGAACCGUAGAUGGUACCAUGACUGCCUCAAGAAGGAGGUCUAGUUUAUCAAACUCAGAUUUGACCAGGACAUCUACAAACCAAACUCAUAGUACUUUCAACGAAGGGGGAUCUUCUCCACCCGGUGGCAUUUUCAAGAAAUUAUUUAGGAGAAAAUCAAAGGAAACUUCUCCAACUGCAAAAAGAUUAGAGGAAAUUCACAAGAAAAUUCCUCCAAAGCCAUCGUCUCCCUCAUCAUCUAGAUCAUCGCACGAUAGUUCCACAGUACCAAAGCCCCGCAAUGUUAAAGUCAAAAUAGACAAGUCCUUGACCACUUUUAAGGAAGAGAAGGACAGAGAUGAUGCAGAAACUGAUGCUUUCAGUGAUUCCUCGGCUGCAGAUUCGGACACUGAUGAUUAUAGCUUAUAUCUUGAGAAUCUUUCAAUCAAAGUUUCCAACAAGAAUAUCGACCCAAAACUGAGGGAAUAUCUGAAAUUCUUCGAGGCUCAACGUGAAGAAGAAGCCUCUGCACGAGCUUCAUUGGCUAAUAGCGCAUCACCAUCCAUUCAAGAGCCCAAGAAAGUGAAACUAGACGUUGCUGGAAACCCUAUACCGCCGCAUCCAGAUAGGCCGAAACUCCCAUCGGCUUUCUCUGUUAAUCCCAAAUACAAAGAUAGGCCUGAGGAUCAGGAUCAUGGUUCACCGAUUUCUAAGGUUCCAUCUCCUUCUGCUCAAGGCGCCGGAGUCUUUGGAUCUUUAUUGAGAAGAACUAAGACAAACGAUAGACGAGAGUCUUCACCGCAGUCCUUAUCUCAUUUUGAGCACCCUCCAUUAACUUAUACAAAGCCGCCCCCUAGGGUGGUUAAGAAACCAGGAAUUCCAGUCCUGAAUGAGAUUGCCCCUCUCAAGAAAGUUGCAUUUGCAGCCACCAUGUUCGUCAAUGAUCCCCCUCAACAGAUUCCAUCUAGGAACCCGAGAAAGGGAAAUGUUGUAAUAAGCAAGACCGGUGAGAUAAUAAUUAAUAAGAUCAAUCCAGAAGAUUUGUUAAAACAUGGUGGAGGAAUUGUCGUUGGCGGGUCCGCAAAGUCAAAACAUGAACCAGAAUCAGAGAACAAAAGUUCACAUAAGGAUGUAGAAGUUGAUGGUUCUAAGGUUACCAUUGAUAAACCAAUGGUUAGAAGAAGACCACACGUCAUUGAGAUGGAUAAACCGUUAGUUACGCUGAAGCUAGAUGAACUCUAUACAAGAUGUUGCCACCUUAGAGAAAUUUUACCAAUUCCUAGCACAUUGAAGCAGAUUCCAAAAGGAAGUACAGAUCCAUUACCAAUUCUUCAGCUAAGAAAUCCAAAGCCUUCCUUGAUUGAAGUCCUAUCUUUUUCCGAUUUUAUUCGUAUCGCACCUGUGGUUUCCGUUUCAUUAGACGGUGCUUCUCUAACUUUGGAGAUGUUUAGAACGAUUUUGGCCUCUUUAGUGAACAAGAAACAUUUACGAAAACUCUCUCUUCGAAAUAUGUGCAUCGAUAACGAAGGCUGGAAACUUCUUUGUUGGUUCUUAACCAUGAAUUCCAGGGUAGAGAGACUUGAUAUCACACAAUGUCCAAUGUUACAAGUAGGUUCUCAGAAGAGGCGCACCUCGACCAGUUCAGCACCCAAGAAACCGGAGACUUCAACUACGACCCAAAAGGUCAUGGAGUCUAAUACCCAAAAUAGAUCUGACAUGGAUUGGCCUCUUUUCAUAGCAUCGUUGAUUUUCCGUGGAGGUAUGCGGGAGCUGGUACUUACAGGUUGUAAAAUUAAUGAUUUUGUCGUUUUUGAAAAUUUAAUUUCAAUGGCAUUAUCGCAUAAAACCUGGAAAAUCGGUUUGGCAUACAAUGAGCUCUCAACUCAACAAUGUGAGGUUCUUGCUCAGAUGAUGAUUGACUAUCCUGAACUUUUAGGCCUUGAUCUGGGUUACAAUGAUUUAUCGACCUCUAUCAAGGUAUUUACGGACGCAUCCAAGAAAAGUGAACAUCAAUCCCAAUUGAGGUUGCUGUCUCUCAAUUGCUGUAAUCUUCAAGAUAAUCAAGAUGUAAAAGAAUUGGUUGUUUCACUUUCAAAAUUGCCAACUCUCAAGUUUUUGGAUUUGUCCAACAAUAAGAAAAUGUUUCCCAAGAUGACAAGCUUCAUUGCAAGUUAUUUGCCUCUCUUUCCCGAGUUGAGUCGCUUGUGUUUAGAUAACAAUGACCUGUCUACUGCUGCGAUCAUCACUUUUGCUGAGUCAGUCAGACUUUGUAGGAAGUUGUGUUCUUUUUCGAUAGUUGGCAAUACUUUGGACGAAGCUGCAACGAUUGCUUUGACCAAUGCAGCUAAGAACUCUGAAAGUUUGUUUACCUUGAACUGUUCUUUUGAAGGCAUGUCUCCAAAGUAUAAGGAGCAAAUAGGUCUUUACACUAUGAGAAACAUGGAAAAAAUACUGUAUACCACCGAUAAAACUGGGAUUACCGAAGAUGAUACAAGAGAAACUUGGACCGAGAAAAUGUCCAAGUUUCUUUCUAACGAUAAUUCCAAUGCUUCUGCUGAGGAGUUGAAAGCUUUAUUCGACGAAGCCAAGGAAGCCAAAAAUAUACUUCAUGAAACUAUGCAAGCAUUAUUCAAGCUACAAGUGAAUAACAGACUUAAUCUGGAAGGUAAAGAGACCCUAAUCAGGCUUUGCAUUUUGGAUUCUUCUCUUGAUAAGGGAAUAAAACUUCUUUCCAGCAAAGCCAAGUACAGCGUAUCAGAUGUGAGUAAUUUAAUUGUCUCCAAACUAACAGAAAAUACAGACGCUGAUGAAGCAUUGGUGCCAUUUGAAGAUAAUGGCGGUGCUACUUUGAUUAAGGAUAAUUCUGUUGCUAAUAACGAGUUUUCUUCAAAGAUGAAGCAACAGUUGCAAGAAGAGAGCAAUGUGGCUAAGAACAGAGCUUUGGUACAGUGUCAUUUAAAGACUCCAAAAGUUUUGGAGAAGCUUAAAGAUAUUGAUGGUGACAGCAUCCGUAAAUUGCUUCUUACAGGUGAUGCCCAGAAGUUGUCCGAAAUUUUGAAUACUUUUAAAGAGAAGGGAAUUCAGGUUGAAUCCAUUUUUGGGAAAUCACCUUGUAAAGGUGAUGACAAAACUUUGAUGGAGACACUCAAGACAAAGCUACAAGGAGAUCAUCAACAUGGACCCUCGGAGUUAGAAGAUAAUUACUCUGAGGAGUCGAAGAAGAACCUUGAGUUGAACAAAGUCAUAGGAAAGAUGAGCCCAGGGGAAGCAGCAGGGGCAGCUUCCGAGGAAGAUUUAGAGAUUGAAACAAUUAGCAAAGCUUAUGAUGACAUUUUGAGUAAGAUUGCGGAUGAGCAAAAUGACGCUGAUUGA